UCUUCUUCUUCUUCUUUUGCAGUAUCAGACCAGCAGCAGGUCAGUCAACCCCACUCUAAACACGCCACCAUUUUCCCCUUUUUUUCCUUACAAAUUUCCAUUCUCCCAAACAAACCCCAAAAACCCAUCUCUCUCUCUCAUUUCCUUCUCUAUCUUGCAAACACUGAAUGUUUUAUGUUUUCAAGCUUUUCUUCUCCCUUCCUCUACUCUCUGACUUCUUCUCUGUUUCCUUCUACCUGAACCAAAAACACACUCACAAAUAGAUAUAUAUCCUUGCUUAUAUAUAUAUAGCUGCCCACUUGCAAACAUUUAUAUAGUACAAAAAAACAAAGUGAGGGAAAUCUUUUACACUCAGCAAAAAUGUUCUGGUAUGGGCAAAGUUUGCUCUUUUCUUUACUAUGCUUAUUCUUUUGCUCAACCAUGGUGUUUUCCGAACUAUCCUCAACCCAAAGAGAAGCAAUGGUUAACAUCUCUAAGAGUCUGAGUGGUAGUAAAGUUCCAUGGGAUAUCAACGAAGAGCCAAACCCCUGUUAUUGGAAGGGAAUCAACUGCAACUCCAUGAAUUCUUCCAUUACUGGUAUUACUCUAUCUGGGUUUUCACUCUCUUCCUCUGAUUUUCUGCCUAUUAUCUGCAAGCUUGAUUCUUUGCAGAUGCUUAAUGUAUCAAACAACCGGUUCGCCUUAAUCCCGGAGGAGUUUAUCACAGAUUGUGGGAAGAUUGAUGGGUUGAAACGGCUGGAUUUUAGCAAGAACAGGUUGGUUGGUAAUUUGCCUAAAUUUGAUGGUUUUGUUGGGUUGGAAAUUCUGGACUUGUCUUAUAAUUCCUUGGGUGGAAAAAUUAGUUUGGAGUUAGAAGGAUUGGUUGGACUCAAAAGCUUGAAUCUUAGUUUUAACCAAUUCACUGGGUCUCUUCCCACCCAGCUUGGAAAUUCCACGGUGUUGGAGGAACUUCUUAUGUCUGUGAAUCAUUUCGUUGGUACAAUCCCUGUAGGAAUUAUGGAUUAUCGAAAUUUGAGACUGCUUGACCUUAGCCAAAAUAACCUUUCCGGUUCUGUUCCUGAUAAAAUAGGUGAGCUAUCCAAGUUGGAGGUUUUGAUUCUCUCCUCUAAUAAGCUAACUGGAGAAAUUCCAAAAAGCCUUUCCGAUAUCACCACCCUCUUGCGAUUUGCAGCUCAUCAAAACCAGUUUUUUGGCUCGAUUCCCAGUGGCUUAACCAAAUCUCUCAAAAUUUUAGACCUUAGCUAUAAUUCGUUAGGUGGUUCAAUUCCAUCAGACUUUUUGUCACCACAAAAUUUGCAGACUGUAGAUUUGUCAAAUAAUCAGUUAAAAGGAUCCAUACCUACUGCAAACAUGUCUCGUAGUUUAGUCAGGUUGCGGCUGGGAAGCAAUCAACUUGAUGGGAAGAUCCCUGCAUCAUUUGAAGGACUUAAGAAUUUGAUGUACUUGGAGCUGGAUACCAACAACUUGACUGAAUCCAUUCCUCCUCAAUUGGGUUCAUGCCACAGCUUGGCACUGUUGGAUUUGUCUCAGAAUCGUCUGACAGGGACAUUGCCAGGGGAGCUGGGUAAACUUCAAAGCCUUCAAGUCUUAAAGCUUCAAUCCAAUCAUCUGACUGGUGAAAUCCCAGUUGAGAUUACCCAACUACUUAAUUUAUCAACUCUUAAUAUCAGCGGGAAUUCUUUGAGUGGUCCAAUUCCUUCUUCCAUUUCAAGAUUGCAGAAACUUACUAGCAUUAACUUACAGAGUAACCGUCUUAGUGGUUCCAUACCGGAUUCCCUUGCCAGCAUGACUAUACUUUUGGAACUCCAACUUGGGAAAAACCAACUGGGUGGAUACAUUCCAAAGAUGCCACCAAAUUUGCAGAUUUCUUUGAAUCUUAGCAGCAACCUCUUUAAAGGACCUAUUCCAAAAAAUCUUGAUGGUCUCUCUGCGUUAGAAGUGUUGGAUCUCUCAAAUAACGACUUCUCAGGUGAGAUACCAGAAUUUCUUACUGGAUUGAAAUCCUUGACACGGUUGAUACUUACCAACAAUAGCCUUUCUGGAUAUAUUCCCAAAUUUGCAACAUUUGUUGUGCUUGAAACCUUGGGAAACAAGGAUCUGAAGCAAGCUCCAAGUCCUAAUGCUUCCCCUGCUCCCCGUCAGUCAAAGAAGGGAACACCAGUGGCUGUGACAGUUGUUCUUGCAGUUGCAGCUGCAGUUUUCUCUGGUUUAGUGGUUACCAUCGCUGUUAUAUUAUUCUCACGCCGCUAUUACAAGGUUAAUGAUGAGCAAUUACAACCAAGGGAAGAUCCUCCACUCCCUCAGGUUCUCGAAGGCAAUUUCUUAACUGGAAAUGGAAUCCACAAAUCAAAUAUCGACUUCACCAAAGCCAUGGAAGCAGUUGCUGACCCGUCUAACAUAGUGCUGAAGACCAGGUUUUCGACUUACUAUGAAGCAGUCAUGCCAACCGGAUCAACCUACUAUGUCAAGAAGCUUAAUUGGAUUGACAAGAUAUUCCAAUUGGGCAGCCAUGAUAAAUUUGGAAACGAGCUAGAGGCUUUUGCGAAAUUGAACAAUUCAAAUGUAAUGAUUCCUUUGGCCUAUGUUUUGACAGUUGACAGCGCUUAUCUUUUUUAUGAAUAUGCUCCAAAGGGUACCCUUUUUGACGGUCUUCAUAAAAACAUGGGAAAUGAUAUGGAUUGGGCAAGUCGAUACAGUAUAGCAGUUGGGGUAGCUCAAGGUCUUGCUUGUCUUCACGUAUGUGCCUCGGGUCCAAUAAUUCUCCUUGACCUGUCAAGCAGAAACAUUUUUCUGAAGUCACUCAAGGAACCUCAAGUAGGAGAUAUUGAACUCUAUAAGGUGAUUGAUCCCUCAAAAAGCACCGGAAGCCUUUCAACUAUUGCUGGGACUGUUGGCUAUAUUCCUCCAGAGUAUGCAUACACAAUGAGGGUAACAACUGCUGGGAAUGUCUACAGCUUCGGUGUAAUUCUGCUCGAACUGCUAACCGGUAAGCCAGCAGUCAGUGAAGGGACUGAGUUGGCCAAGUGGGUAUUAAGCAACAGGGCACAAUAUCCUAACUCAGACCACAUCCUUGAUUUUAGUCUCAGCAGGACAUCGUCUGCUGUGAAAAGUCAGAUGCUUGCAGUUCUGAAAAUAGCUCUCGGUUGUGUUAAUGUGUCGCCUGAAGCAAGGCCGAAGAUGAAGAGUGUCUUGAGGAUGCUUGUCAAUGCAAGAUAGACAAGUAUCCGUAGCAGUUCCAUACAGAAGAUGAUUAUCAGAGUUUUGCACCUCCAAAAAAUCCCGGUUGAGUUGCUGAAAAUGAUUCAUAUUGCCAAAGAAGAUAUAAAAUCAUUCAUGAGAAAAGCAGUGUAGAUAUAGUAUAUAUGGUAUAUAUUUAUAUGAGGUUUGUACCCUAUUCAUAUGUAGUAUUAGAUUGCUUCUGUAUUUCCGAAUCAAAGUCCGUAGUUAACCUUUCCUUUCAACAGUUAGUAUUAGCCAAACAAGUCUGGAUGCAUUGGGUUUGUAAUUCCAAAACAUAUUUCAUAUAUAUAAUCAAAAUGAAUUAAGAAAAAAUUUGUUUUGCUGGUUUGACAAAAGAAAAAAAAAAAAAAUAUAUAUAUAUAUAUAUAUUAUUUAUUAUGUUAAAUGUUAUAUAUUUCAUCUUUUAGAUAUAAAUCUCUCUUCGUUUUUGUUUUUUGGACGAAUAUAUAUCUCUUUGAAUUUCAUUUUAUUGGCAUCUUAUUCCCUUUGACACAAAAUAAGCUUAUAAAGUUUUUAUUUAUUUAUUUUUUAUGGAACCUUGUAAAGUUAAUGUAUACUCGACCAGUAAAAUGCAUCAUGUCAUUGAUAAAUCAAAAUAAAAUGAUUAAAUUUUGAAUUUA